ACACCGGGACAGCACUUCGAUGGCUUCGUUGGGGUGGUCCGGUGUGGAAAAGUACAGCUGGGUGUCAUCCGCGUACAGCUGGUACCUCACACCGAACCCACGGAUACCUGACUUUUGACUUUCUUCGCUUUGAAAUCAUGUUUUGGAACGGAGAGUUUUGGAGAUGGACCUUGGUGCUGCAGCUGUACCUCCUACUUCCGACUUCUUGGACGCGGGCUGGCGCAGAGGCCUUGGCCCCACCUCCCAUCACCGCAGCCUCCUUUCUGCAGGACCUUUUCCUCCGCUACGGUGAAGAGGACAGGCUCAGCUUGCAGCAGCUGAAAACUCUGUUGAGACACCUACACGUGGGCGUCGAGCGGCACAAUGUCAGCCACGCACGGAGGCAGCCGCCACACCACCGCAACGUCUCCUGGUGCUUCAGUUCUUCGGAACUCUUCGCCACCCACAAUCUGAGUGAAUCGUCCCAUCUUGGGCAGAGCGAGUUCAAGGAAUUCUGCCCAACUAUCUUGCAGCAGCUGGAGUCGAGGGCGUGCAUGCCAGAGAACCUGGAGAAGGAAGAAGAGGAAUGGACGAAGGAAGGGAAACCAAGUUCUACAGAAGUCUGGGGAUACGGUUUCCUCUGUGUGACCAUCAUUUCCCUCUGCUCCCUGAUCGGGGCCAGUGUGGUUCCUUUCAUGAAGAAGACCUUUUACAAGCGGCUGCUCCUCUACUUCAUAGCUCUGGCCAUUGGCACGCUUUAUUCCAACGCCCUCUUCCAGCUCAUCCCUGAGGCCUUCGGGUUCAAUCCACAAAAAGAUGAUUAUGUCUCCAAAUCUGCUGUUGUCUUUGGGGGAUUUUAUCUCUUUUUUUUCACUGAGAAAAUACUGAAGAUGCUCCUGAAACAGAAGGAUCAGCAUCUUCAUGGGCACAGCCACUACAGCAGCGAGUCCCUCCCUUCUAAGAAGGACCAGGAAGAAGGUGUGACGGAAAAACUGCAGAAUGGAGACCUGGAUCACAUGAUCCCGAAUAAGAGCGGCGAUUUGGAAUGCAAGAAUCCCUCUGCUGAUCAGAAGGUGGUUACCACCUUGUCUGUUCAGGACCUCCAAGCAUCUCAAAGCAUGUGCUAUUGGUUGAAAGGGGUGCGAUACUCAGACAUUGGCACUCUGGCUUGGAUGAUAACCUUGAGUGACGGCCUUCACAAUUUCAUUGAUGGGCUGGCAAUUGGCGCCUCCUUCACCGUCUCAGUCUUCCAGGGCAUCAGCACCUCAGUGGCCAUUCUCUGUGAAGAAUUCCCGCAUGAGCUAGGAGACUUUGUCAUUCUGCUGAAUGCUGGGAUGACAAUCCAGCAAGCCCUUUUCUUCAACUUCCUCUCAGCUUGCUGUUGCUACCUGGGCCUGGGCUUUGGGAUAUUGGCCGGCAGCCACUUCUCAGCCAACUGGAUCUUCGCUUUAGCAGGCGGGAUGUUUCUCUACAUUGCGUUGGCUGACAUGUUCCCAGAGAUGAAUGAAGUCAGCAAAGAAGACGAAAGGAGCGGAAGUGCUUUGAUUGCAUUUGCGAUUCAGAACGCUGGACUCCUGACGGGAUUCGCGAUCAUGGUGCUUCUGACUGUGUUCUCGGGAGAAAUCCAGCUCGGAUAGCGGCUGUGCUGUCUGUUGGGAAAUUGUAGGUCUGUGGACUCUGCUAAGCGCAGUUUUUUUUGGUCAAGGAUUUCAGAAAGGGGCAUGUUUAUUCAACCUGCUUCUUAGAUUUCUUAUUGGACUGACAAACCUGCACAGGCUGACAAUUUUUCUCUCUAGCAUUAAAUGACCGGGGGAUCAUUUCUUAAGAUAACAACAGCAUUUGUCUCUCUCCCUCCUACCCUUUUUUCUUAUUUUUUUUCACAUUUGGAUGGAAUCGAUUAAGAAAGGUUUCUAAUUCCCUGAUGUUGUGCUAUUCCUGCUUCCUUUCUGGGCAUGAGUAGCUUGGUGCAGAUCCCUUUAAGCUACCAGCAAAUUGGCUAGGAGGGUGCCUUUCCCCCCCUCCACCCCAAUUACUAAGGACCGUAAUGUUUUCAAUUUUAAACUCUGCACCAGUUUUGGGUCAGUUCAUUGGUUGGUUGGCGUUACUCCGAAAAUUAGUCGGCUGCACGUGGGAAAAUCAGAAUUAAAAAUUGCAGCAAAUUGGAGAACUGUAACACUUUGGGGGAAAUUGGCCUUAAGCAUGGGUUGGACUAGAAGAUCUCUGAGGUAUAUCUUCUACUCUUCUAUGAUUGUAAAUCACAUUUCGGUGUGAGAAAGGAAAAAGUGCUUUUUGUGGCAUGAAAGAUCUAAACAUGGAAAGAACGUGUUAUAUUGAAAACUCAUAGCCAAUGGAUGCAGAGGGCUCCAGUUUAUGUAGGAACAUACGCGGGGACAAUUUGACUUGAAAUUCCUUUAUUCAAAUGGCAUCGUUAUAUAUAAACUAUUUAGGACUCCAAGAAAAGGAAAAAAAAAACCAUCUUGGAAGACACAUUUUGAAGUCUUUUUAGUGCCCUCUUCCCCUCUUGUCUUCAAAAGUGAUUAUCUUUUUCAGCCCUUCCUUUAACAUCUCCUUUUUUUUUUUUUUUAAUUUCCUUCAAAAGAUUCACACACGCAGGCUGGCCCACACAGCUGCUACUUUGCAAGUUGAUUUUGUGUAGGAUAAAUCUGGCCAGUGUGGAAUCUAUUUAUAUCGGGAAAGAAAUGAUGUAUGAAGUCGUUGAAUUGCAUCCUCUGGCUGGUGUGAAGGUCUUGGGAUUGUUUAUGGAAAUGAAGCCUAGAUUUGGAGAAUUUGCUGGAGAGAUUUAUUGCAGGGUUAAAUUUCCCAGAGUCACUAGGUGAACUGAUGUAUUAUCAUAUUGAUAAGAUCAAGCCUGUCUAGCUUAAGUGUGUAGCACAUUAUUCACAUCACACACACCCUCUUUAAACAUUUAAAACCCGCUAUGCUUGUAUCAGCAAAUGGAAACUGGGUUUCUUUUCAGUACAGCUAGGAAGAUACCCUUUUAAGCCAAACUUCGCAGCAUCUCUCUGUGUAGCUGAAUCGUUCUGUUCUAUAUGAUGGGUAAGUUGUACAGAUUCCUCUUUUCUCUGGCGCGCCAUUGGAGCAUCAAAUGAGUGUGGAGGUAGCGAACCCCAAAGACCUUGAUCUAUCUUUUGCACCAAGACGUUCUUUUGCAUAAUCAGAUCUGAUCUGUUCAGAAGCUCUCAGCCCUCUGUCUCUCUUCCUUCUCUCUCAUAGAUUGUAUGAAAGCCCCUAUGGUUGCAUCAACCUGGUGCCCACAACUGCCUAACAUGAUUUAGCGAGUAAUCCCUAAUUACUGAGAAGUAUGUAGUACUUCAGGAUGAUCCGUGUAACUUGACAUUGGCCGCUAGGAUCGAGUUAACUGUGUAGAGCAGAUCCAUCUUUCUCUCAUUGGUUCAAGAUAAGGACCAAGUGGAAAACUGCCCUGGGAAGGCUAAUUUAUACCUAUUGAAAUUUCAGCUGGUGGUUCUCACAGUCUUUAUGUUGCUCCCGAUGGGCUGUGCUUAGUGAUGCCAUGCGUAUAAUUUCAAAUUAUGCACAAGUCUUCUUAAAAAGAAGAAUAGAUGAAGGAGACAUCCAUUGGAGCCACAGUGGAGGGGGCAAAGCUAAACUUGAUUGCAGAUCACCAGCUCAUCCAUAUCACUCGCUCACCACUUUGUAAAAGAUGAUGUAUGCCACUGUGGAUAACUGGAAGGGUGUUUUGCUUAAUUUUGGCUCUUAAAUGGUUGAUUGCAGUGGGAAUGGGACAACUUGCCACAGCCGACUCCCCACUGGAUAAGUCGCUGGGGGACAAUUUAACAAUUCUAUUUCAUUAUUUAAGAUAAAUAAAAAUCAUUUUAAUUUUUGCCAUUCACAUUUCGUUCUGUCCCUCCUUUCUUUAAUGAUUCUAUUCCACCAUUUCUUUUGAUAUCAGUGUAACUCUUGUCCCACAGUGAAUUAUCCUGCAGCUGGUUGUCUUGUGGCGAGAUGGCCCUGGCAAGUUGUCCUGUAGAGAGUUGGCCGUAGAGAAUUGUCAUAGACCCGAUUUCAAUAGCCUGCUCAGAUAAG